AUGCUCGUCUGCCAAGCCCUGCUGCGCCUCGCGGCGCACAUGGCGGGUUGCAGGGAGCCUGACGUGGCGGAGGACACCCGCAGGGAGAUAGCGGAUCUCUUCUUCGACGCUCCCGGCGGCCAGCAUCCGCUGUCGAUCCACGCGCUCCUGCGCGCCGGCGCCGGAGCCUCCGGAGAAGCCCUCCCGCCCGGCCGCUGGCUGCGCCCGGGCGAGGUCUGCGCGGCCGCGCGCUCCUGCCUCAACAGGUCGCGCCCCCUCGGCCUGCGGUGCUACGUCGCGCCUCCGCUGGGCGGCGCCCCGUGCAUCGCCCGGUCGCAGAUCGUCACGGCGGCGACGUCGGCGUGCGUGGACCCGCGCGAGGACGAGGGCGGCCGUGGUGCGGAGCAGGUCGAGGACGAGGGCGCGGAGGCCGGGGACGCGGGACGGUCGGCGAGCGAGUUCGAGCUCGUCGACGCUGACAUGGCAGGGGGGGGGGUGAUGCGGGGACAGGCGGGGGACGGCGGGGCCGGCGGCGAGGCGCGCGCGGUGCCCUGGCAGCCGCUGCUGCUGCUCGUGCCGAUGAUGCUCGGUGCGCGGGGGGUCUCGGAGGCCUACCUGAGUCAGGUGGAGUCCCUGCUGCACCUCCGUCAGUCCGUCGGGAUCGUGGGGGGACUCCCGCAGCGGUCGCUGUACCUCUUCGGCGCGCGCGGCGGCGCGCUGCUGUGCCUGGACCCGCACACCCCCCAGGCUGCGGUGCGUGCGUCCGACUCCAUGGCGUCAUACCGGCCCAUGCGCGUGGGAGCCGUGGCGCCCGCGCAGCUGGACGCCUCGAUGGCCGCGGGGUUCCUGCUCGCGGACGAGGCCGAUCUCGAAGAGCUCUGCGCCGGGAUCGAGAAGCUGGAGGCGCGGUCCGGGGGAUACCCGAUCAUAUCUGUGGCGGAGCACGGGUACGACGAGGCCGGGUGGCAGGCACGUGCAGCGAGGCGCUCGGAAGGCGAGGGCCGCGACCGUCAGCGGCGGCCGAGGGAUGGCGAGGACGGGGGCUGGGAGCUGCUCUGA